GCCCCUCGGGCCGAGCUCCGGGAGCCGCCGGGCGGAACGGGGUCGGAGACGGCGGGCCGUGAGCUCCCAUGCAUUUCCUCUGCCAGCCGUGCUAACGUCCGAAGGAUGGUGGCCUCCUCGUUCCGUUACGGCGUCACCAUCACCGGGGUCGUGCUGUUGGUGACGGGGACGCUGUGCUUCGCCUGGUGGAGCGACGGGGAGGUGGGCACAGCAGUGGGCAGCGGGGCUCACCUCCUGCCCCCCCGCGAGGCCCAGGCUGUGCCCAGCUCUUCCAACGCGCUGCUGCGCUCCGUCAGCUUCUUCUGCUGCGGCAUCGGUGGCAUCCUGCUCCUCUUUGGGCUGCUCUGGUCCGUCAAAGCCAACGCCAGCGUGGUGUCACGGCGCUAUCAGUACCGCUUCCCCCACGACCUGCAGUACUUCACUGCUGAGCCCCCGGAGAAGUGGAACUGCAGCUCCUGGGACGCCACUGCCAUCCCCACCUACGAAGAAGCCCUGACCUGCAGACCUGCUCAUGGCACGUACCUCCACCCCGCAGUGAGCAAGGAGGAGCUGACACCACCGCCAUAUCAUGACUUGGAGGAGGAGGAGGAGGAAGAGGAUGAGCGUUGGCAGAGCGGCCGCCGCCGCAGCUCCUCCGACAGCGCCUUGUUCCGCCCCAGCCCCUCAUGGUUGGACACCCAGAGCCCUGCUGGGCCACAGGAAACGCCGCCCCCCAGCUACGAGAACAUCAGCAUUCGGGGUGUCUGACUGAGCCCCGUCCUUCAGCAAGGGGAGAGCACGGGUGGCACGGGGCUGUCCUCCAUUCUGAGCAAUGCAUCUGGGACAAUGUUCACAGCUGGCAUGUUGGAAGCCUUCGUGUUUUUAAUAAAACCAC